AAAGGGACGUAAUCCAGAAUCGUGUUUGUGUUUGUGUGCCCAAAUGCAAAUAUUGAUAUACUAGGAUCAUUCAGAGAUACAUGUAAAGGAGGUGGAAGGCAUCAAUCAUGGAGUUUCCUGGCAUGCCACCCUCAUUCCCUCGGCCAGAUGGAAUACAAGGGGAGAUAAUCCCUCCCCCUUCCAUGAACCCAAACAUGAUGGGGGGUGAAGGUUACCAGGACAACAUGGAACACAUGUACCCCCACCCUGGUGGAGAGAGGUCGGAGUACACUCACCAUCAUAGUGUGUUCAUGGAUGGGGGCAGUCCGUAUGGGGUCUCGUGCAUGACCUUCGACACACAAGAACUACUUUGGGCAGGGACACAGAGUGGCCAUGUGACCUCGUAUUAUGGGUCCGACAUGCAGAAAUACACCUCGUUCCACGUCCACGCAACCAAUGACAUACGCCAGAUACUGACCAUGGAGAACGGCAUCCUGUCUCUCACCAAGAACAGCAUGCGGCUGUCAGUGCGUCGGGGCUUCUCCAUCAUGAACUACAUAGGUGAUGGGAAUCUUCAGGACAUGCAGUGUAUGAUGGCUACCGGACCUCACUCUGUGCUCAUGGGGGGACACCAGACCAAGGUCAUUGAGGUCGACCUCAACAAGGGCAUAGAAGUCAACCAGUUUGAAGUGAAGGAGCCUGGAUGUGCCAUCUUCCGUCACUCCAGCAAAUACAUCUGUGCUGGGGACACUAGCGGACGGGUGACCUUGUAUGACCCCCAGUCAAUGAAGGCUGAGCAUGUGUUGGAAGCUCACUCCGGGACCCUGUCAGACUUUGAUCUCCAUGAUCACCUCCUUGUCACCUGUGGCUUCUCAAACAGGAUGGGUAACCUCCAGGCUGACCGAUUCCUCAAGGUGUAUGACAUGAGAGUGAUGCGAGCAGUUGCCCCCAUACAGGUGUCAUUCGACCCCACGUUUCUCCGCUUCAUCCCCAACUAUUCCAACAAGCUAGCUGUGGUGUCACAAGUCGGUCACUUCCAGCUUGUUGACCCAAACAACACCAUGUCCAACGCCAGCAUGUUCUACCAGGUUAAUACAGGUGGUGCUGUACUCACCAGCUUCGAUAUCUCCUCCACAUGUAACGUCCUUUCAUUUGGAGACUCAUCUGGGUACAUUCAUCUGUAUACAAACAGGGACCAUCCCACCUUCAACGCCUACUCACAACCUACAGAAUUUCCUGAUCCCGUUGAGCCUGUUCAGAGCAUCCACAUCAACGAUGAGCUGGCUCCCGUAUCCAUGGUACCCAUGGUGUAUCCUCCAUCUGGUCAGCUACUGUCUGAUUGGCAGACAAACUUGUCAGCCAGGAAAUAUCGGAAGCCUAAGCCUAUAGACCCAGAGAUCCUUCGUACAAUGAAAGUCUAUCACAAUGUUGGCUAUGCUCCCAAUUCGGGGAAGGAGCGCAGGAACCAGAUACCCUACAAGCUGCCGAAGGAAGUGCACAUGCAAACAACAGGGGGAACAACUCACAGUCGCAAGUCCAGUGUUCCAGAGUCACCUCUUGGGAGAGGUGAAGAUCCAUUUGUCGCAGUACCAAAGAAAUACAGACGGGUCGAGAUGAAGUAUUCUAAACUUGGUUUGGAAGACUUCGACUUCCGACAUUACAACAAAACUCACUUUGCUGGUCUGGAAACACAUAUUCCCAAUGCCUACUGCAAUGCCAUGUUACAGGUGCUUUACUUCCUUGAGCCCCUUCGAUGUCAUCUCCUCAGUCAUCUCUGCCACAGAGAGUUCUGUCUGUCCUGUGAGCUUGGCUUCCUCUUCCAUAUGCUGGACACACAGAAGGGUCAGACUUGUCAGGCAAGUAACUUCCUGCGAGCAUUCCGCACCAUACCAGAAGCUUCAGCUCUAGGUCUCUGUCUGAGCGAGGCAGAGGAGGCUGCUGGGAAGGUGAAUCUUCCGAGACUGAUCCAGAGCUGGCAGAGAUUCGUGCUGCAGCAGGUCCACUCGGAAACUGCCAUCAAGCUGGAGUCAGACUCCAAGUCAGGCACACCUGCCAAUGCCGAUACCUCCACGGAGUCGGCUGCCACGGAGAAGAAGGAGCAAACUCCCAGCAAGUCCAAGAAGAAGAAGAAGAAAGGGAAGAAGAAAGAGGAAUCGAAGGAUGAGGCAGAGGCAGGAGAUAGUCACGGGGAAGACAACGUGAAGGCUUCUGAGGACGUCUCAGAAGAGCCAGCCAGGAAAGAGGAAGUUUCUAAGGUGACGGAGCUGUUUGGGAUCAAGACCAACUUGUCCUUGAAGUGUCGAUGUAGUCAGGAGACAAGCCGCGACAACGAUCUCACCCUCAUCAACCUCUCCUACCCAGACUGUAAUAUACCAGGUCAAGGUCCCAGGAAGUACAAGUUUUCGGAGGUGAUACAGCACAGCCUGAUGGGAGAAGGCACAAUGCAGGCCUGGUGUAACGAGUGUGGCCGUUACCAGCAACAUACCCAGCGUCGAGCUCUCAAGAACCUGCCAGAUGUCUUGGCCCUCAACUGCCAGCUGGAGAAUGAGAAGGACCUCAACUUCUGGAGGAUCCAGCAUGAGAUUGUACGAGCGGAAGAUGAAGAGAACCAGGUCCAUCCUGCAACCUCCUCUCGUCGGAUGGCCAAAAACUGUCGCUAUGGCAGCGCCUGUAAACGCAAGGACUGCAAGUUCAAGCACGACCCUGAGCAUGAUAGCAUCCUGGAUGAGUUGCUGGAACAAGUGGAGGAUGAGGAGACGUCCCCCAAGUGGCUCCCCCUGGGGCUCAGGAUGGGACUGAAUGAUGAUGGAACAGUCAGGAUAACAGAGGUGUCGGAUGAGGAACCGCUGCCAAAGAUCGAGGAUGAGAAGGUGAAGCACUACGAGCUAUACGCCACUGUGACUCACGUUCACGACAAGACGGGGGGCAACCUGGUCAGUCACAUCUUGGUGGGCGAGGAGUUCCACCAGCGCAAGGAGAAGGUCACGUGCACACAGUGGUACCUCUUCAAUGACUUCUCCAUCACACCCAUUGAGAAGUAUGAGGCUAUUCACUUUAACCUCGACUGGAAGGUGCCUUGUGCCAUCUACUUCGUCAAGAGAAAUCUCACCCGGUACCAUGAUCUCACAGUAACAAGUCAGGUUGGAUCCGAUUGUAUCUUCAACGACCUGUCCUUGAUGAAUCCAAAGAGACGGAAGAUGACAUUCACACCUCUGCUGCUAGAAGAUCUGCCAAAGUCCAAGGAAAUCGUCGGUCUCGAUGCUGAGUUUGUUUCACUCAAGGAGGAAGAAUCUGAGCUACGCAGUGACGGCACUCGCUCCACCAUCAAACCGUCCCACAUGGCUGUCGCCAGGAUCACAUGUAUAAGAGGGCAAGGACCACAGUUUGGUGAGCCUUUCAUUGAUGACUACAUUGCCAACCCAGAACAGGUGGUUGACUACCUGACCCAGUAUUCAGGUAUCAAGCCUGGAGACCUCGACGCUGCUGUCUCCAUCAAGCAUCUCACCACCCUCAAGUCUACGUACCAGAAGCUGCGCUUUCUCAUUGAUGCUGGGGUUGUGUUUGUGGGCCACGGACUCAAGAAGGACUUCAGGGUCAUCAAUAUACUGGUUCGGAAGGACCAGGUGAUUGAUACAGUGGAACUGUUUCACCUCCCAAGACAAAGGAUGAUCUCACUCAAGUUCCUAGCCUGGUACUACCUCAAGAUUAACAUUCAGUCGUACACUCACGACUCUGUGGAGGACGCCAUCACUGCCCUGAAGCUGUAUCAGAAGUACAAAGAGCUACAGGAGGAUGGGGAUGACAAGGUACAGGCCACCAUCAAGGAGAUGUACGAGUUUGGACGCAAGUGUCAGUGGAAGAUACCGGAUGUCGAUGAAAACUAUGAUGAACAGGUGGCUUUCCUGUAAGGCUCAUACUACCUGUGGUCGUAUAGCCUUACUGUAAGGUGGUUGAUUACGAUGAGGUGAGCAUCUUGUGGCCUAGUGGACUUCCUGUGGCCAGAUGGUCAGUUACGACGAGGUGAGCAUCUUGUUGCCUGGUUGACUUCCUGUGGUCAUGUGGUCACUUACGAGGAAGUGAGCAUCUUUUGGUCUGGCUGACUACCUGUGGACAUUUGGUCUUCCCGAGAGCAAGUAGAAUUCCUCCGACUUGUAACCAAUCGGCCGUCCUGCCAACAAGAUGACUUUCCACAAGUUCGUUUGUAGAACAUAUUUGCUGUACAUUUUUGGUCAGGCAGUUUUGGGUUGGAACAGUCAGCCCAUUGUGAUUGCCUUACUUGUUGAACAUACUGAUGUUGAGCGAUAUGAUGAACGGUUUAUUGAAUAGGUGGAGGUAAGGUGUUAGAGAAGGUUGGUUGCAUCCCACUGAGUGAUUAGUUUGAUGUGUCAAGCAGGGGAUGUACUAGUGAUAAGGA